UCACACAGUUCUCCAGAAAACUUGCUUAUAUAAACCCCAAAAAAACAUUUUCAUUUAACCCUAAUUGCAUCUAUUCACAAAAAUUCCUCACUUCUUCUCCGGCGACUGCGCCGCCGUUGUUGUAGCUGAGCAAUGUCUUGCGGCGGCGGAGAAUGCUGCAAACAGCGGAUCACCGUCGAGGCGUGCUGGACCUUGUUGCACGAAGUCGGCAUUGAUAGGAUGAUCGCCGCUUUCGAAGCUGGGAAACCGCUCGGCGAUGAUUCUUCAAACCCGAGGACGUAUGAUGCUUACACGUAUCCUCUGAACUAAUUUUAACCUAAUUUCUUCAAAUGCAGUUGUGUUUCGCCAUUGAUGUUUGUUCAAACGAUGUGUUUAGAUUUUUGCAGUGUUUUAUUUUGUUUACAGACCUGUUGAUUUGAUCUAUGAUUUGUGCCCUAAAUUUAGCAUUUGGAAGAUCUGUGUGCUGAGUAAAUUGACACUGAUUUUUUCAUUUUUUUUAUAUGUGGAAUGUUUUUUUUUUUUUUUGUUUGUAUUCUUGACUCAAUUUGACCAGAGCUGUGUAUAAUGUGUGUACCUCGUAUACGACGAACGCUCAAACGCAGAAACUGUAUGAACGAUACAGGACGACGCUUGAGGACUACAUAUCUGCUAAGGUACUGCCUUCUUUGAGGGAAAAAUCGAACGAAACUCUUUUGGGAGAAUUUUUUAGGAGAUGGAGAAAUCACAAAAUUAUGACCAAGUGGUUAUCGGUUUUCUUUCAAUACCUCUCGAGAACCUAUAUACAGAUGAAGAACCUGCCUUCUCUUCUAGAAGUCAGUUACUCGACAUUCUAUAAGCUGGUUUACUUGGAAAUGAAAGAUCGAGUACGUUAUGCCGUAACGUCAAUGAUUAAUAGCGAACAGGUUGAUGAGGCAAUGCUGAAAGAAGUCCUCGCUUUUUGCGAGGAAAUCAAGGGUGGAGAUGCAUCAAAAAACUAUGCGAAAGAUAUGGAAGAAGCAAUUAACGAAGCCACCUUUAAGUUUAAAAGCUUGAGCCUGUGAGAAACAUGGAUUGCUCAAGAUACAUGCAUGCAAGCAAGAUGUUGUUGUUGUUCUACAGGGGAUGAAUUUUUAUACUUGUUUUUCUAUUUCGACAGAUCUUUUGAGGGCUUUUUUUUUUAUUGUUGUUGGGAUUACAUUUUGAUAAAUAGGAUUGGUCCUAUUAAUUUAUACUGGAUUAAUUUUCAGUUUUACAUUUUGUUCGUUGGAUUUUAGUUACAUGGAUUAUUAGAUAUUAUGUUUCGUUUUGA